GCGGCGGCGCACGGCGGCGGCGGCUCCACUUUCCAGGACUCAGGGGCGGCGACAGCGCCAGCCGCGGGCAGCAGGCUGGGCAGCCGGAGCUGGAACGGCCGGGCGCGGCGGCGGCGCCGGGGGAUCUAAAAUGUCCACUGAGGCACAAAGAGUUGACGACAGUCCAGGCACUAGUGGAGGAAGCUCCGAUGGAGACCAGCGUGAGAGUGUCUAGUGGGAACCAGAGAGAGAGCAGGUUCAGCCGAAGAAGAAGGAGGGGAAGAUAUCCAGCAAAACAGCUGCUAAACUGUCUACUAGUGCUAAAAGAAUUCAGAAGGAACUUGCAGAAAUUACGUUGGGCCCACCCCCCAACUGUAGAUACCCUCAAGGGACAGAAUUUCUUCAAACUUGAGUCGGUCGGCACGGUGUUGGAUGUCAUCAGUGAAAUGCUCAGACUGAACUCAUCAAAGAAGGAAUCGGCUAGGCCUUACCUGGCUCCUGACAGUACCAAUCCAGAUUUUCAGAGUAAUCUCCACAAAGUGUACCAGGCUAUAGAGGAGGCCGACUUCUUCGCCAUCGAUGGGGAGUUUUCAGAUCUAGGAAUCAGCGAUGGACCUUCAGUCACCGCAUUAACAAAUGGUUUUAACACUGCAGAAGAAAGGUAUCAGAAGCUUAAAAAGCAUUCCAUGGACUUUUUGCUGUUUCAGUUUGGCCUUUGCACUUUUAAGUAUGACUACACAGAUUCAAAGUAUAUAACGAAGUCUUUUAACUUCUAUGUUUUCCCGAAACCCUUCAAUAGAUCCUCACCAGAUGUCAAAUUUGUUUGUCAGAGCUCAAGCAUUGACUUUCUAGCAAGCCAAGGAUUUGAUUUUAAUAAGGUUUUUCGCAACGGAAUUCCGUACUUAAAUCAGGAAGAAGAAAGACAGUUAAGAGAGCAGUAUGAUGAGAAGCGUUUGCAGUCCAACGGCGCAGGUGCUCUGUCCUACACGUCUCCUAACACUUCAAAGUGUCCCGUGACAAUUCCUGACGAUCAGAAGAAGUUUAUUGACCAAGUAGUAAAGAAAAUAGAAGAUUUAUUACAAAGUGAAGAGGACAAGAACUUGGAUUUAGAGCCAUGUACUGGGUUCCAAAGAAAACUGAUUUAUCAGACUUUGAGCUGGAAGUAUCCCAAAGGCAUUCAUGUUGAGACUUUAGAAACUGAAAAGAAAGAGCGAUACAUUGUUAUCAGCAAAGUAGAUGAAGAAGAACGCAGAAGAGAGCAGCAGAAACACGCUAAGGAACAGGAAGAACUGAAUGAUGCCGUGGGAUUUUCUAGAGUCAUUCAUGCCAUUGCUAAUUCGGGGAAGCUUGUCAUUGGACACAACAUGCUCUUGGAUGUCAUGCACACGGUUCAUCAGUUCUACUGCCCUCUGCCCGCGGACUUAAAUGAAUUUAAGGAGGUGACAACAUGUGUUUUCCCCAGGCUCUUGGAUACAAAAUUGAUGGCCAGCACACAACCUUUUAAGGAUAUCAUUAACAACACAUCCCUUGCAGAAUUGGAAAAGCGGUUAAAAGAGACACCUUUCAACCCUCCUAAAGUUGAAAGUGCAGAAGGCUUUCCGAGUUAUGACACGGCUUCUGAGCAGCUCCACGAGGCCGGCUAUGAUGCUUAUAUUACAGGACUGUGUUUCAUCUCCAUGGCCAACUACCUAGGUUCUUUUCUUAGUCCUCCAAAGAGUCAUGUAUCUGCCAGAUCAAAACUCAUCGAACCUUUUUUUAACAAGUUAUUUCUUAUGAGAGUCAUGGAUAUCCCCUAUCUAAACUUGGAAGGACCAGACUUGCAGCCUAAACGUGAUCAUGUCCUCCAUGUGACAUUCCCCAAAGAAUGGAAAACCAGCGACCUUUACCAGCUUUUCAGUGCCUUUGGUAACAUUGAGAUAUCCUGGAUUGAUGACACGUCAGCAUUUGUUUCUCUCAGCCAGCCUGAACAGGUACCAAUUGAAGCCUGGCUCUGUCCUACUUCCAUCCUCGCCUCAGCCUCAGCAUCCGUGUCUCCAGGAUCUUCUUAGGCUUCCUUUACAGCGGUUUGGGCCCCGUUCUCUGUAUGGAGCCUGGUACCCUUUCUUAGCAUACCUUGCUUCCCUGGUUGUCUUCCCAGAUGGACUGGAAACUCCGAGAGCAGAGACCUCAUCUCUUGUUUGCCAUUGUGUUUUCAGGGCUUCGAGUUGUAGUGUCUGAUGUUAGAAGUGUAUGAAUAAUGUUAGAAGUGUAUGAAUAUGUUAGAAGCUGAAUAAAUGCCAUUCAAGGUGUCAUGACUUAGAAAUGCCUUUUUGCACUUGCUGGGUGUAUCUCGUGUCUCAGGCCUUGUGCUGUGAUUUCUGAAAUGAUGCAAAUGUUUCACUGAAAGACACUGUAGAAUUUGUUUUUUAUCAUGGUGAUUUUACCGAUGAGCGAGACCGAAGAUAUUUAAUAUGCUGCAAAUCCUGUUAAUGUUAUCUUAAACAAAUUACUUAUUCAUUUCAGCGGAAACACAGGGCCUCUUAGAUCAAUAACAUAACAUUGGAAAAAUCAUUAAAUGCCUGUUUAUAUUGCAGCUUGUAAUGGCUUCUUUGGCUCAGUUACAAACUAUUUUUGAUUUACAUUUAAGGAGUUGCUUUUUAACUGACACCUGUCUUUUUUUUUUUUUUUUUAAUUUCUUCAUCGUGCUGAGUCUAAUCAAGAUUUCUUCAAAGCAUUUUCAUGACUAUGACAGCUCUUUCUCAGGUCUAUCAAAAUGAUUAAAACUCUUCUCCUGAGUGCCAUUUAGUUUGAUUCCUGUUGCUUUUUGUUUCUUUGUUUUUUCACAUUCUUCCCCUCUGUCUGGGAAGACAGCCUGUGGCCAGUGUGGGACUUGAUGCCAUGGAGGAGAUCACUGAGCCUCAUUGUUUGAGAAUUUUUCUCAGAGUCAUUGAAUAAGAAAUCACCUGUAAUGGUCACAUCUGAAUAACUCAGACAUAUUUAGGAUUUUUAUAUACCUAAUGCAGUCUUCGGAGAAGGCAAUGGCAACCCACUCCAUUGUUCUUGCCUGGAGAAUCCCAGGGACGGGGGAGCCUGGUGGGCUGCUGUCUUUGGGGUUGCACAGAGUUGGACACGAUUGAAGUGACUUAGCAGCAGCAGCAAUGCAGUCUUAUUAAAUGGGGGAAAGAGCUCAACAAUAUUUCAAAUGUACUGGCACUUCCUAGUCUUACUCUCAAUAUUUAGACAUUGUCUUAUGUGUCCUUAGGCUCCUCUGUCCAUGGAAUUCUCCAGGCAAGAAUACUGGAGUGAGUAGCCAUUCCCUUCUCCAAGGGGAUCUUCCUGACCCAGGGAUCGAACCCAGGUCUCCUGCAGUGCAGGCAGAUUCUUUACAGUGUGAGCUACCAGGGAAACCCCUUAAAUACAUUAUAAGGCAUUAUCUCUCUGCCUGUAAUUCUUAUAGAAAUAGCUUGAGGAAAAUUAGCUUUUCAUUUGUUUUGAAAGUCACAGUUUGGAACACACCAUGAAUACUACAGAGAAAUUUUAAAAAGCAAAAAUUGAUGAAGGCACUGUAGAAGAGGUAAAAAAAACCUAGUGGUUAUUCUGUAAAGCUAGCCCCCAUUCAGGGAGUUACAGAAAUUCCUGAUAUGCUGCCUUAGGAGCUUGUUCAUGAUGAGUUUACGGGGAUGGGUAGAUACCUGGCUUUACAGCUUCACUUCAGUCCCUAGUAUGGGUGUGUUUAUGUUAAAUCAUCCUUUUAAAAGCCCAGCUUGUGAUUGUGCUGAACAGAUAAACAUCAGAGUUGUGAUGUGGUUUUUGAGGUGAUUAUUCAGUACUGGAUUUCCAAAGAGUCUUGCUUAUAACUUUAAACUUCACCUGUGCUUUUUGUUAGCCUUUUAAAGUUUACCGAAUCUGAAGAGGUACUCAUUUGUGGGAUUGAUUUGUGUUCUCGUUUUUCCUCAGUCACUCUAGGUUCCUGACUUUGUUGCUUUUUUCAAAGAACCAGCUUUUGGCUGACUUCAUUUUUCUGUCUUGUUUGCUGAUGUCUAUUUUUUUGGAUUCUGCUUUGCUGUUUUCUUUCUUUUUUAAGUUGCUUUGGAUUUACUUUGCUCUUCUUUACCAGUUUCUUUUUUUUUUUCUUUUUUCUAUUCUUUUUUUUAUUAACAAGCAAAAUAAUAAUUAAAAAACAACAACACAACAACAAAAACCUUAAAGUUGGAACUGCAAUAAGUCAAACUGCUGCUGGAGUUCACAGAUGUACCUGGGGUACAUGCACCCUCAUUGCAAGGCAGGACCUAGGCACAUAACUGUGCAUUUAGGUAUGUAGGU